AUUUACCUCAACAUAAAAUGAAUCAUAAAGAAAACAAGCAUGGGAAGGACCAGAAAGACAAGAAGCUGUUUACCAGAAGGAACAUCAAUAAUUCAAAAAUAAAGAGAAUGAUCUCUCCAGACGUACCAAACCGAUCUAUGUUAGGGGUUGAUACUAAGCAGAUGAGACAUCAGAGAAAAUCAAGAUGAAGAAAUGCCACUCCUCAUUUGAAAGGAAAUCAGGCUUCUAACAAUCCCUAUCAGACUACCAUGCAAAUGAUCAGCUUAAAAUAAGAAAGAUAAUUGUCAGAAAAAGAACAAGCAUCAAAGUGGUCAUAAAAGAAGUGAAAUAAAGCGAAUUAUGUCUCCCUCGAGGCCUACUUCCUCAUUUAACCCUGCUACUGAACUAGCAUCAACUAUGAACACUACUCCUAUCAGCAACGUAGGAGAUAAUCCGAGUUUCAUUCCUAAGAAGAUGAGGAAGCAUGCUUUCAUCAACAAUCAGAAGACUAUGGGAGGAAACACACUGAAAGAUCGGAAGAGUAACAUCCCUCUUUCAGAGAAGAAGAGAAGACUAACCAGACCAACUAUGACGGGAGUCAUGAGCUUUAAGUUCCAACAGGGACGCAACAAGAAGGAUAAGACCCCUCGUAAGGUGGAAAUGCCGAAAAUUUUUGAGAAAAAGAAAACUACGAGGAGAGAAAGAAUCCUAUCUAUUGAUUCAAAACAAAAAUUUUUAAAGGAGAAGACAAAAUCGUCUUCUAGGACUCCCUUGUUUAGUCCUAUCCAAAAGGCAAUCGCAAAUAUGCCUUUCUUUGGCAGGAACAUCAGUCCUCUGAUUAAACACUACAAAGCGAAAAACAAGAAUAAAUACAAUAGGACUAAGCCAAAGAAGAAACUCAAGCUUGAGAUGGCUAAAAAUAUUGAAGAAAAUUCCAGAGUUAAUAUGAGGUACCUUACAAGGAACAACCCUGAGAAUAUGUCUGUAAUGAGCUCAAGAGCUAUAAAGAGGCUACAUGAUACUGUAGGUAAUGAAGUGAGUAGGAAGGAUUCUAACCUCUCCUUUGUGCUUAGUAUGUAAUCAUUAUGAUCAUCUGUCACUUAAUAUCAAUUCAA